CGGCAAUGAUGAACUUCUUUCCAGCUUUUCUGCAAAACGAAGUAAGAUUAUGCCAAAAUAAAGUUGUCAGUUCCAACGAAAGUGCGAUGAGAGACCAUUCAUCUCAAUUUAUCAUUGUUGUGUUACACUUUCGAGAUAACUUUUUUGGCGUCCAACUGGAUGGAGACGUUACUAAAGACAGCUAAGAAUUUUCUGGUCAAUGUUACUGCCAGGCAAAGUUAUGAAGAAGCCUGUUUCCAUUUGAAAUAUUGUGUAGAGAGACUCAAUCCAGAGGAGCUUUGUAUUUUAGAGAAGGACCCCAGCUUGGAUAAGAGUUACAUCAAUUUUGUGAACGUUGCGGAGUGCCAAAGUUUUGCUAUUUCAGUGUUUGUCAUACCAACUGGUCUCAAAUUGCCCCUUCAUGAUCAUGUAGGAAUGACUGUGAUAACCAAGGUACUUUGGGGUGAGUUGGAUGUGGAUUCGUUUGACUUUAUUGAAAAGGAUAAAUUUGUAUGUCACCACAUGGGUGGAGAGGGUGUGCAGUAUCCCUCCUUUACGAUGAGAGCAGGGGACUGUCAACUAUUCUAUCCCUUUAAAGCCAAUCUUCAUGAGUUCAAAGCAAGAAGAAGAUGUGCUAUAGUGGACUUCAUGUGGCCUCCAUAUAAUCCUGCAGAGGAUAGAGACUGUCACUAUUUCAUGUCACAACCACACUUAGGAUUGAGGAGAAAUGAUACCGAAACUGAAAAAUUAGUUUACUUGCAACGUAUUCCUUGUCCUUCUUACUUUUAUACACAAGAAGUUCUUUAUCGUGGACCUCCAUUGGAUCUUCGUUAUCUUUAAGAGAUCGAUCACCGAAAGCCAACAAUG